AUCCAUCUAAUAAAUCGGGAUCUUCCGGACAAAUACGCAUAACCAUUAGCGACCGUUUUCAUUCUUUCUCAUAAGACCCAGAGAAAAUGGCUGAAUAUAAAGUUUUCACCCUCUCACAGGUUGCUCAACACAAAUCAAAGAAAGACUGCUGGAUUGUCAUCGAUGGCAGAGUACUCAACGUGACAAAGUUCCAGGAAGAACAUCCAGGAGGAGAAGAGGCGUUGAUAGAGUGGGCAGGGAAGGACGCCACACAGGCAUUCAAGGAUAUUGGGCACAGCAAAUCGGCUCAGAAGUGGCUCCUCAAGUACCAGGUAGGCGUCCUCCAGGGUUACACCACUAAAAAUGAUGCAGAUGUCCAGGUUGCUUCAAUUGAAGAACCCAAGAAGAAUGAGAUGAGUGCUUUUGUAAUCAAGGAUGACCACACGCCUAAAUAUGCAGCCCUUGUCGAGUUCUUCCUACCACUCCUUGUUGGUGGUUCCUACCUUGCUUACCGGUGCCUCACUGCAGACUCAUCAAUGGUCUAAUUCAUCCGGUAUCACCAGGAGUUUCAAGAUGAACCACCAAUCCAAAUUAAAGAUGCUCCCCACACCCCUUCCUUUAUAAAUAAAUCUUGUUCGAGAAUAUUAAUAAAGUUAUAAUUUUGCUCAGAGCUCAGUCUCUUCUUCUUAUC